CAGUGAGCUCCCAGGCAAGAAUUCUGCUUUGUUUUCCUCCUUUCCCACUGUUUGCUGUGGCGGGCCCCUGGGCCGCACUGUAAUGGAUGGUCAAACAUUUAUGAUUGCAUCUGGAUAUUGGCAGUCACCCAUUUGCACGCCAAUGAAGUAUAUCCUGGUUACUGGUGGGGUCAUCUCAGGCAUUGGUAAAGGAAUCAUCGCCAGCAGCAUUGGGACCAUUCUUAAGUCAUGUGGACUCCGAGUUACUGCCAUCAAAAUUGACCCCUAUAUUAACAUCGAUGCUGGAACUUUCUCACCUUAUGAACAUGGAGAAGUAUUUGUUUUAAAUGAUGGUGGAGAAGUUGAUUUGGACCUUGGAAAUUAUGAAAGAUUCUUGGACAUUAAUCUUUAUAAAGACAACAACAUCACCACUGGGAAGAUAUAUCAGCAUGUGAUCAACAAAGAGAGGCGCGGUGAUUACCUGGGGAAAACUGUUCAAGUUGUACCCCAUAUUACUGAUGCUAUCCAGGAGUGGGUUAUGAAUCAAGCCAAGGUGUCUGUGGAUGGCAAUAAGGAAGAUCCCCAGAUAUGUGUUAUCGAGCUGGGAGGCACCAUUGGAGACAUUGAAGGGAUGGCAUUUGUGGAAGCCUUUCGACAAUUCCAGUUUAAAGCAAAGAGAGAGAAUUUCUCUAAUAUUCAUGUCAGCCUUGUGCCACAGCCCAGUGCUACUGGAGAACAAAAAACCAAGCCCACACAAAACAGUGUCCGUGCGCUGAGAGGGUUGGGAUUGUCUCCGGAUCUGUACAUAGACUCCAUUGAUCUGGAACCAGUUACCAAAGCCGAGGAUCCUGUGAAAUUCCAUGAAGCUUGGCAGAAGCUGUGCUUAGCUGAUGGUAUUCUUGUGCCAGGAGGCUUUGGAAUCCGAGGAACAUUGGGAAAACUCCAGGCAAUUUCUUGGGCGAGGACAAAGAAGAUUCCUUUUCUGGGAAUUUGCCUUGGGAUGCAACUGGCAGUGAUUGAGUUUGCAAGAAACUGCCUGAACUUGAAAGAUGCUAAUUCUACAGAAUUUGAGCCAAAUACUCCAGUCCCACUGGUAAUUGACAUGCCUGAACACAGUCCUGGCGAUUUGGGAGGAACAAUGAGACUGGGCUUAAGACGAACUGUUUUCACAUCUGAAAAUUCCAUACUGAAGAAGCUUUAUGGGGAUGUUCCUUACAUAGAAGAAAGACACCGCCAUCGGUAUGAGGUGAACCCUAACCUGAUCAACCAAUUUGAGAAUAAAGACCUUUGUUUUGUCGGUGAGGAUGUAGAUGGGAAGAGGAUGGAAAUUAUUGAGUUGACUGGUCAUCCAUAUUUCGUUGGUGUCCAAUUCCAUCCUGAGUUUUCCUCUAGGCCGAUGAGGCCUUCCCCUCCAUACCUGGGGCUUUUACUUGCAGCAACCGGGAAUCUGAAUGCCCACCUGCAGCAGAUGAGCAAGCUGUCAUACAGUGAUGUAUGCAGUGAUGUCAGCGAUGACAGCUUUUCAGAGGCAAAGCUUGCUGAACUAGAAAUCAACUGAAGCUCUCUCUUGCCCCAGGAAUAUCAGAAGCCACCUAAGAGGCCUCUGAAGUAAUUAUACUUAAGAUGAAGGAAUUAUUUGAAGAAACCACCACCCUGUUCUCUAGAUAUGGGCUGUGAAGAUUCAAAGAGAAUCUGAAAAUGUUUACUCCAUGAAACAGAACCAAAGGGAUCCUUUUCUUUUCCCUGCAGAGGCAGCCUGUAGUAUUCACACCUUUCUAUACUUAAUUAAACAGAAUUCAACAACA